GAUCAUCGAUCGACUCAGUUGAAGAUUAGAGUUGAAGCAGGAAUAAACGUUCUGAGUUUUUUUCCCUAAUUUACUGAACAAUUUUCCCACGAGUAAAAGUUAGGGAUUUUUUCCAAUUAGUGUCAUCAUGAAACGGAUAUUCGGAGGAUACAUCAAAGCCCAUGGGUACGCAAUUGCCCUGGCAGCACUCAUUUGUGGAACGAUCUUGGCCACGAAUGUGGCCCUGGUAGAAAAUAGUGAACUGAAACAGGUCAGACCAUUGGAUGAUUAUGGAGACAACGAGAGUCGUGAACAAGAGCCAACAGCACCACCUAUUGACGCUCAAACGAACCAUCACUAUCUCCGGAUGCAUCCCUUUGCCCAGAUGAUCUUCCCUCUGGGAUUGAUCCUGGCCGGAACGAUCUUCCUGGUGGGGAUGCUGUUCGAAAAGAAGGAAACCAUCUUUCCCUUUGGAACCGUAUUCGUCGCCCUUUGGUGUCUGGUAGUGUUUCAGCAUCUCAAAAAGCUUGAACGAGAAAGUAUCUACCAGUUGAUCCUUUCGCUGGACACAGUCGUCAUCCUAGUGAUCCCAACGUACGUUGGCUCAACGCUAGCGGUCCUCUACAAACUAUUCGACAGCAACCCCUCGGACCGGGACGACGAUGACGAGGCCGAGGUGGACCUGGAAACGGGUCGGAAACCGGUCAAAUUCAUCCUGGGCGAUGAAUUCGACGAUUCCUGGAUCAGCCGGAGCAACUAUUGAUUGUUUGCUAGUUUAAGUUAUUUAUAGGUUAUCUCUGAACAAGAAAGUAUUAAAUAUGAAGGAAUGGGGGACUCACCACACACGUGUGUCAAUGUGUUUCCAAGUUCGAUUCAAAACAUGGUCCGGUUUGUUGAUAAACAAAUUUUCAAAUUAAACGAAAAUGGUGCCUGUCUAUUGAUGAGCGAGAGCUUGUUUCUUUCUUUCUGUGGAAUAGGAAGGGAACGUCUCUGGUUCACUGGAAGCUGGCGUAAUCAAUGAUCAUGAAUGAGAAGGAUGAUCUUUUUGGCGUCUGACGUAUGAAGGUAUGUGCUUUGGAAUAGGUUCAAGACGAUGAUCCCCUUCAACGAAACGAAAUGCGAUGAAGUCAUUAUCAGUUGGCUUCAAGACGUGCUUCGCGGGCAUAAUCACUUUAUUUAAAGAGAAAUUAUUCGUUGUGGAAAAUGAACUCUCGGAUGAAUUUUCCAAUAGCUGCUGAUAAGGAAAAACGAGCUGCUGCUAUGCGAUUUGAGAUCAAUUCGAGUUAGUUUAGUCAGUUGGUUCGAUGACAAAACAAUCAUGGAGGUGAAAUUUGUAAAAUUUAUAUUAUUUCAUGGGUUUUUGAUCUUUUGUGCGGCAUUGUUGCUGGCCUUUCGAGAGACUUGGACCCUCAUAGAGCAAGCGAUCUACUCGGAACAGAGCCGAUGGUUCUACACUGAAGAUGAGCCGAUUAGGAUGUUCCUCGCAGUUCGAUGGGCUAUGGCGGUUCUGUGGCUUCUAGCUUUGGCCCUGAUGUACGUGGCUAUGAUUUGGGAAGAACAGAAUUUCCUGCAUCCGGCCAAGACUCUUUUUGCAGUUGAAGUUUUGAACAUAUGUGGCCAGGACCUGUUGCAUACCUACAGGGGAAAUCAGCUCGAUCGAUUCAUUUACAGUGGUCAGGAUUUGCUGUUGUUUUGCGGAGUCGUUUGGUAUGUGCUGUAUACUUUCAACAUUAUGGGUGAGCUGUUUAAGCUGCGUAAACAGGAACUUCCUACCAAACGACCUUUGUUUAUAUGAGUUACUUAAAAGAUUUGGGAGAAAAAAAUUAAUGCGAUCUUCAAUUAGAUAAUCCAUAAAUGUUUAAAAUUUGUAAGUGGUGUUUGAUGAAUCGAUUAAACAAGCUGUAGUUAAAUAAAAUAGUGCAAAUACA